CCACCACACUCCCUCCCUCUCUGUGUAUCACACUCCACCUCACUCUGCCAUUCCCCCGCUGUGCACUUCUCAAACAAAUUACUCUCUAUCGCUAUCUCUGCAAGCGUGCCCUGUGGAGUCAGUUGUGUCCGUGUGUGGAAAAGUUGGAGCUGUGCCGUUUUAAAAUGAGGAAAGAGAGCAGGUGGAUUCGGUGGAUCAAGUGGAUUGUGAUUGUGACAGUUUUGUUCGUGCUGGGCUUCUGCAUAGGCUGGUUUGCAAAGCCUUCAAACACACAAAACCACACGGAUUCCAGCCAUUACCUGAAGGAUUUUUUGGAGGAAAUGAAGGCAGAUAAGAUCAGAGAACAUCUCAGGAAAUUUACACAACUCCCUCACCUGGCAGGCACAGAGCAGAACCUGAAGUAUGCGGAGCAGAUCAUGAAAGAGUGGCAGAUGUUUGGAAUAGACUCAGUGGAGAUGGUGCCGUAUGAUGUCCUCUUGUCCUAUCCCAAUGAGUCACAACCAAAUUACAUCUCAAUUGUUGAUCAUCUUGGCAAUGAGGUUUUUAACACUUCCUUGGCUGAGCCGGUUCCACAGGGUUAUGAAGAUAUUUCCAACAUCGUACCUCCAUACAGUGCUUUUUCUGCCAAAGGACAGCCUGAGGGGGACCUGGUGUAUGUCAACUAUGGUCGCACAGAAGACUUUUCUCAGUUACAAAGGGAGAUGGGCAUCAAUGUGACAGGGAAGAUUGUCAUUGUCAGAUAUGGAAAAAUAUUCAGAGGCAAUAAGGUGAAGAACGCCGUGUUAGCCGGAGCAAAAGGGAUCAUUAUGUUCUCAGACCCAGCAGAUUACUGGGCUGAUGGAAUCCAGCCCUACCCCGACGGCUGGAACCUACCUGGCAGAGGAGUUCAGAGAGGAAAUGUUCUCAACCUGAAUGGAGCAGGAGACCCGCUCACACCAGGGUACCCUGCUAAAGAAUACACCUACAGAUUCAGCCCAGAGGAUGGAGUAGGACUUCCCAACAUCCCUGUGCAUCCAAUUGGCUUCCACGACGCUUUUCGUCUUCUGAAUAACAUGGGAGGAGAGAUUCCACCCAACAAUUGGAAGGGAGCUCUGAACGUCUCCUAUAGGAUUGGCCCAGGCUUUACAGAUGAAUUUAAGAGCCAGAAGGUGCGUAUGAACAUCCACACUAACAACCAGGUAACCAGAAUCUACAACGUCAUUGGAAAGAUUAGAGGAGCUCAGGAGCCAGACAGGUAUGUGAUUCUCGGAGGGCACCGCGAUGCCUGGGUGUUUGGAGGAAUCGAUCCCAUGUCUGGCGCAGCAGUGGUCCAUGAAACUGUCAGGAGUGCUGGCAGGCUGCUAAGUACAGGCUGGAGGCCAAGGAGGACUAUAAUAUUUGCCAGCUGGGAUGCAGAGGAGUUUGGACUGCUGGGAUCUACAGAAUGGGCAGAGGAUAAUGCCAGGCUUCUGCAGGAGAGAGCUGUGGCCUACAUCAAUGCAGACUCUGCAAUAGAGGGUAUGUACACUCUGAGGGUUGACUGCACUCCAUCACUGCAUACUUUGGUGUAUGACAUCACGAAGCAGAUACCCAGUCCAGAAGAAGGAGAAGAGGGAGUAUCUCUGUAUAAGAGCUGGCAUAAGAGGGACAACUGGACAAAUGACCGUGAUGCACCCAGGAUCAGUAAACUUGGGUCAGGCAGUGAUUUCGAGGCCUAUUUUAUCCGUCUGGGAAUUGCUUCAGGCAGAGCUCGAUACACCAAGAACACGAAAACAGAGCGCUACAGUAGCUAUCCAGUCUAUCACAGUGUGUAUGAAACCUUCGAGAUCGUGGAGAAGUUCUACGACCCCUCGUUUAAGAGGCUUCAGGCGGUGGCCCAGGUGAGAGGUGCACUCAUCUUCCUGUUGGCUGACUCCCAGCUGCUCCCUCUGGAUGUUAAUGAGUAUGCAGAUUCACUGAGGAAAUAUGCACAGAGCAUAGCACAGCUGGCCCAGAAGAACUUAGUGGAAAUGGAGACGUAUAAGGUGUCAUUUGAUUCCCUCUUUUCUGCAGUCGAGAACUUCACUGUUGCAGCCAGGGAUUUCCACCAGCGCCUUCAGACUCUCAACAAAGCGGAUCCUCUUCAGCUACGAAUCAUGAAUGAUCAGCUUAUGUACUUGGAGAGAGCCUUUAUAGACCCUCUGGGCUUACCUGGCAGACCUUUCUACAGGCAUGUGAUUUUUGCUCCCAGCAGCCACAAUAAAUAUGCAGGGGAGUCUUUCCCUGGGAUCUAUGAUGCUUUAUUUGACAUUCAGAACUCAGCUGACCCAGCAAAGGCCUGGGAGGAAGUCAAGUGUCAGAUCAGCAUAGCAGCUUUCACUGUCCACGCUGCUGCCAUGACCCUCACACCGCCUGCAUGAAGACAAUAUAAAAAUGUGUAAUUAAUUUGACAAUUAUAAGAUCUCCAGUUCAACACACAUGGGAAUCCAUGUUUAUCUGGAUGUUUUCCAGAACACCUAGACCUGCAGAACAAUGUGAAAUGCUUCAUCAAAGCUUGAGAAAUCUUUGUACUUUUUCAGGUUUCUGUUUUAUGAUGUGGCUCCACAAAUAAAUCUGUUUUUUUUA